AUGUGGGAUGCCAGCAUUGCACAUGGCAGCGUUUCCCUGCUAUGCCACAGCACUGGCUGCUCAGCCGGGUUCCUGUGGUUCAGAAUCUGUCAGGAGAAUACAGUCGGGACCACAGCGGGCGCUCCCCACGUGGCUUCGCGUCUGGAAGCUUUUCAACGGCUUCAGCCAAGACCUCCUCUGCUAGCUACAGGGGCCUGUCCAUGGUGCUGCCGGAGACUGUGUCCGUGCAACGUGGCAGCUGCCCUCCACCCCGGCAAGCUGGCGGAGAGUCAGCCAGGCAGAAGUCGCUGUGUCUUCGCUUGCCUUCAGUAUGCUGUCGGUCAGAGAGAGACAGACUAGACAACUCUCAACUGCUGGUUCAUCCCCUCAGUGCCCACCACAGCCAUGGCAGCGGUAAAGCGGGGGAACUGAGAACCGGAAACGCAUCAGUCCCCCACCUGGGUACCAGGGACUCAGCUGCUUGGGGCGCCCCCUGCUGGCUGCCAGCGAGCACGCAGAUGACCCAGAGGCUGGAUGGGGAGCAGAGCCAGGACUGGAACCCGAGCUCUGAGCUUGAGGUGGAUCUCCAAUCGCCUGCCUCAAGGCAAGACCCCGUGGCCACGUUCCCCAGGGGUCGGUACCUGGAAUGCAUCUCCUGCGCCUCGUCAGACCUGAGCUGCGAGAGGAGCAGGCAACAGAGCCUGCAGUGCCGCCGUCCUGAGGAGCAGUGCCUACAGGUGGUGAGCUACCACAGCCUGGAAAGUAGCCUAAGGGAUGAGCACCACACCUACGGCUGCGGCCAGCUUCCCGGCUGCCCAGGCCCCACGGGCUUCCACAACAACCAUACUUUCCACUUCCUGAGGUGCUGCAACACCUCCUAUUGCAACAGAGGCCCUGCCCUGGACCAUCACCACCUGCCACCCAACGGCCUCCGGUGCUACAGCUGCGAGGGCAACAGCACCCACGGGUGUUCCGCGGAGGAGACAUCCCUCACCGACUGCAGGGGGCCCAUGGAUCGGUGUGUGGAAGCCACGGGCACUAACGGGCUGGGGAACCUGAGUUACACGAUCCGAGGCUGUGCCACCGUCUCCUGGUGCCACCAGCUGCACGUGGCUGAGGCUUUUGGCCUGAGCCAUGUCAACCUUACUACGUGCUGCACUGGCAGUGGCUGCAACAACGCAGCCUCAGAUGCCCAGCCCCGCUCGGCGCUGGCGCCCCGGUCGGGCCCUGCUCACCUCAGCCUCCUGGUCACCUCAGCGCUCCUGACCUCCACCCUAGGGGGGAUUACUCUCUUUUGGAACUGAGCCGCAGCCCCACCUCCACCCCGGGCAGGCCCCGGGGCACCACCUUGUCCUGCCACGCCUAGCCCGGUUGACCUCCAGGUGCUGUGACCCCAGGCCCGUGUGCCAACCUCUCCGGGCCUGUGAGUUCCCAGCUGCCUACUGUGUAUCUGCCAGGGAUGCCCUGACAUCUGGCCAAGGGCUGGUUCUUUGUCCUGACAAUUGUUAGGGUGGCUCUGGCUGUUUUUAUUAAUAUUUGUGUUAUUUAUUUUCUACAGAAAUAAAGUUUUUGUACCCUAUCUGCCCUUCUCUGUUGCAUCUAGAUUUGGGGACAGGGCUGGGGCACAGGUGCCAGUCUGGUUGGCAGCUCCAGGCAUGGCAUGCCCAUGGAGGGCCCCGCUGAACUGCCUUGUUGGUGUCGGAGGAUGUUGGCCUGCCCUAGGCUGCUGUAUCCACGACAGGAACUCCAGAGGCACUGCAGAGAGACCAGUGGCAGGGGACAGAGAUUGAAGCCAUGGGACCAAGGGAGACCAAGAGACCAAGAGACAGGAUGAAGAAAUGGGGGAGGAAUAACCCCAUCUCCCACGGUGUCCUACAGCCCAAACAUGCCAGACAAUCACGAGGCCUUUGUGGGAAAAAACAUAUUACGAAAGAGCAUACAAAGAUUUUUUAAAAA